UGUUUACUAUCCUUUAUCUAACACAGAAUCCUAAGGCCACACGCCAUCACUUUCGAGUGUGUGCGAAAAAGAGAGAAACUUCAAUGGCAGGGAGCUCGAAUUCAAGAUGGUCGCUUUCCGGCAUGACCGCUCUUGUCACCGGUGGCACUCGUGGAAUCGGGCAAGCAACUGUGGAAGAGCUGGCUGAAAUGGGUGCAACUGUGUACACUUGUUCUAGGAAUGAAGAGGAGCUAAAUCAGCGGUUGCAGGAAUGGAAUUCUAAGGGGUUCAAAGUUAGUGGGUCUGUGUGUGAUGCGUCAUCUAGAGAAGAACGAGUCCAACUCAUGGAAAAAGUGUCCUCUGUUUUCAAUGCCAAGCUUGACAUUCUUAUAAAUAAUGUUGGGACUAACAUCAGGAAACCAACUGUUGAUUUUACUGCUGAGGAGUAUUCAACUAUCAUGGCUACAAACUUAGAGUCUUCUUACCAUCUAUCUCAACUUGCUCAUCCUCUUCUUAAAGCCUCUGGAACCAGCAGCAUUGUAUUUAUUUCCUCUGUUGCUGGUCUGGUGCACUUAUUUUCUGGAUCUAUUUAUGGAGCAACUAAAGGAGCAAUCAAUCAACUUACAAAAAAUUUGGCCUGUGAGUGGGCAAAAGAUAACAUUCGGGUGAACAGUGUUGCCCCCUGGUACAUCAAAACCUCUCUUACAAAAUCUUUGCUUGAGAACACAAAGUUCUUGGACAAUGUAAUAUCCAGAACUCCUCUGAAGCGUCCUGGAGAACCACAAGAAGUUUCAUCCUUGGUAGCUUUCCUUUGUCUUCCUGCUGCUUCUUAUAUUACUGGUCAGAUCAUUGCUGUUGAUGGAGGAAUGACUGUCAAUGCGUUUCCUUUGGACAACAUUAAUUGAGUCUUUGCCCUCUAUAUGUUCUUUCAGCACCACAUCUUAGAAUAGGGACCCAGUUGGGAAAUCCAAGCUGUAUGAGCAACUUCCCCAUAUCGUUUUCCUGUUCAUAAUGCUCUCUUUUACUUUCAAAUUUAUGUUGCUGGCCUUUGAUGGCCUAGCAUCACCUUGUUUAUGAAGUUGUUUUGCAGGCUUAUGGGUGUGGGAUCUAGUAAUAUAAUACAUGGAUGUUGGAUUUGGAUACUUAGAGCUUAACCCCAUUUUGUUCGUAUGAUUAGGCAUGAUAAGAUUGUUAUGCAUAA